CAUGCGUUGCGGACUAGAGGAGUCGAUUCGUCGUUCGCCCCCAAGGCGUUGGUCGAACUCGGUACCAGUCAUAUCAGGUACUCCGAAAACAAGUAGCAGAAGCGGAGAUCCCGGCGCAGGAAGCGAACACGAGGUACUUGCAAGUGCGGAUUAUGUUCUCUACUUAGUCUCCACGACAUUGUUUUUGCUCUUUUUUUGGAUUUUGCACCGUGAACUAUUUGACGUGUCCUUCUCCUAUGGAUCGUUGAAUUGAUACAGGUUGCUACAAUAAAGUAAGUGGAAAAACCUUCGGACACUAAUAGUCUCACUUUCACCGGUGACGGCUGUGUCUGAAGACCUGUCUGCUUAUACAAAGAUCAUACCUGGGACGACGGCUAGCAACAUGGUUCUUCGUAUUCUUAGCAGAUGUCAUACUUUCAUCGGCUUUAUUUGCAAGAAGUUGCAAUCGUGGUCAGAUCACUCAGGUUCAAAAGCCUCAGACCGAGCCACUGCAGGAUGACGAGUUGCGAAUGGUUGUCAGGGCAGCUGUGGAACGCGAUGAGCUUAACCUUUUGUUGCAGGGAGUUUCCGGGAAUCAGAAAGUGUUUGAGAAAGUUUGCGAGCUGGUCGCGCAGGAGGUGAAACCGUGACCAUAGAAAAUUUUUCUGUUCGAAUAUGCUGAUCGGCGUAGAUUCAUGUAGAAAUAGUUUUCAUAUCGUUGCAUAUCUAAUUUAUAUGUAAGCAUCAUGUCAUAAUUAAAGCAAGCAGCCGCGGACCAUAAACCUUGAACCUUGU